GUAAUUACUUGCAAGAAGUUUUUGCUCUUUAGUUUAUGGUAUUGUCGAUCAAGAAAAAGAGGUGCUUUUUGUCAAAUCAUCACAUUCGUCUACUUUGUGUUAAAUUCAUGAAUUCAGAUUAAUUCAACCAGUCCCUAUUCUCUCAAUCAAUUGUAAAAUAAAAAAGAACAAUGAAUAUCACCUCCGCAGCAGGGAUAAUAUCCCUGCUCGACGAGCCUAUGUCUGAAGUAAAAGAAUUUGCAUUGAAAAGGUUGGACAACAUCGUUGACGAAUUUUGGCCUGAAAUAUCGGAAUCUAUUGAAAAGAUCGAGAUCCUGCAUGAAGACAAAGUGUUUUCUCAGCACCAACUGGCGGCACUGGUCGCCAGUAAAGUUUAUUACCAUUUGGGUGCGUUUGAGGAUUCCUUGACGUAUGCAUUGGGAGCUGGUGAUUUAUUUGACGUGAAUGCUAGAAAUGAAUAUGUGGAUACUACGAUCGCGAAGGCUAUCGACUUCUACACGCAGAAGAGGAAGUCGUUAUUCGUGGAUAGUUCUGGCGAGGCCAUCGACCCGCGACUGGAAGCUAUUGUGAACCGGAUGUUCCAAAGAUGUCUGGAUGACGGCCAAUAUCGACAGGCGCUGGGUUUGGCCCUGGAAACUCGCCGCAUGGACAUCUUCGAGCAGUCCAUCAUGAAGUCUGACGAUGUUGCUGGAAUGCUUCAGUAUGCUUUCACAGUAGCUAUGAGCCUCCUCCAAAACAGAGGAUUCCGCAGUACCGUCCUCCGGUCACUAGUGGGGUUAUACAGAGGACUCAACAUUCCGGAUUAUGUUAACAUGUGUCAAUGUCUCAUCUUCCUGGAAGACCCACUCUCAGUGGCUGAAAUUUUGGACAAACUUACUUCUGGCCCACAGGAAUCUGUCUUGAUGGCAUAUCAAAUAGCUUUUGACUUGUAUGAUUCAGCAACACAACAAUUUCUUGGUAGGGUUUUACAGGCUCUAAGGACCACAGCCCCUAUCCCAAGUGCUCUUGGAGGAAAACCUCAACCUCAAGGUGGACCAUUCCCUGAGUCAUCCAUGGAAGUAGAGACACCUGCUGAAGAGACCAAGAGUUCUGAAAGAGACAUUGACAGCCUCAAUGAUGAAGAAAAGGAACAUCAAAGAAGGGUUGAAAAAUUAAUCUCCAUUCUUGGUGGAGAUGUCUCCAUCGGUUUACAAUUACAAUUCUUAAUAAGAUCUAACCAUGCUGACAUGCUUAUAUUGAAGAAUACAAAGGAUGCAAUAAGAGUGUCCAUUUGUCAUACAGCAACAGUUAUAGCUAAUGCUUUUAUGCAUGCUGGAACUACCAGUGAUCAAUUCCUUAGAGACAACCUUGAGUGGUUAGCCAGGGCCACAAACUGGGCUAAGCUGACUGUCACGGCAUCUCUAGGUGUUAUCCACAGAGGUCACGAAAAUGAAUCCUUAGCUCUUAUGCAAUCUUAUCUCCCUAAAGAAGCCGGACCCUCAUCUGGUUACUCUGAGGGUGGUGGUCUAUAUGCCCUUGGAUUAAUCCAUGCUAACCAUGGGGCCAAUAUCAUUGAUUAUCUUUUAACUCAAUUAAAAGAUGCUCAAAAUGAGAUGGUGCGCCAUGGUGGAUGCCUAGGCUUGGGAUUAGCAGCUAUGGGCACCCAUCGCCAGGAUGUUUAUGAACAGCUAAAGUUCAAUCUUUACCAAGAUGAUGCAGUCACUGGAGAAGCUGCUGGUAUUGCAAUGGGUAUGGUUAUGUUGGGAUCAAGACAUGCUGCUGCUAUUGAAGACAUGGUUGCAUAUGCUCAAGAAACUCAACAUGAAAAGAUCUUGAGAGGUUUGGCCGUUGGCAUUGCCUUCACUAUGUAUGGAAGACUCGAAGAAGCUGAUGCUUUAGUCCAGCAAUUAUUGAGAGACAAGGAUCCACUGUUACGACGUGCAGGAUGCUAUACCAUCGCAACUGCAUAUUGUGGCACUGGUAACAAUGAUUCCAUUCGCACCCUACUGCAUGUUGCUGUAUCUGAUGUAAAUGAUGAUGUCCGUCGUGCAGCUGUCACUGCUCUUGGUUUCUUACUCUUCAGAACACCAGAACAGUGCCCCUCAGUUGUUUCCCUUUUGGCAGAGUCUUACAAUCCUCAUGUACGAUAUGGAGCAGCUAUGGCACUGGGUAUUGCUUGUGCUGGCACAGGAAAUCGCGAGGCAAUUGGCCUUCUAGAACCUAUGGUGAAAUUUGAUCCUGUCAAUUUUGUUAGACAGGGAGCUUUGAUUGCUUCAGCUAUGAUUCUAAUUCAACAAACUGAAACUUUGUGCCCUAAAGUAACCUAUUUCCGUCAACUGUAUGCACAAGUCAUCUCCAACAAGCAUGAAGAUGUUAUGGCUAAGUUCGGCGCUAUUUUAGCUCAGGGGAUUAUUGAUGCUGGUGGACGUAAUGUGACAGUUUCCCUUCAGAACAGAACUGGCCAUAUGAAUAUGUUGGCUGUAGUAGGCAUGCUGGUUUUCACUCAGUACUGGUACUGGUUCCCACUGGCCCACUGCCUGUCUCUUGCCUUUACUCCAACUUGUCUGAUUGCUCUGAACUCUGACUUGAAGAUGCCUCAGCUAGAUUUCAAAUCCAAUGCAAAACCAUCUUUAUAUGCAUACCCUGCCCCUCUAGAAGAGAAAAAGCGUGAAGAAAGGGAACGUGUGACUACUGCAGUGUUGAGCAUUGCAGCGGCUAGAAAUCGUAGACGUGCUCACGGCACAGAAGGUUCAACUGGCAGUGCUUCAUCAUCAUCAAAUUCAAAAAUGGAUGUAGAUGAGGAAGAAAAAAAGCCAACAAAGUCCCCAAACCCGAAUAUUACAGUACAUGGCAAGACAGAAAAAGAUGCAGGCUCAUCUAAAGAUGGAAAGAAAGAGGAAAAAGAAGGAGAAGACAAAGAAACAAAGGAAAAGAAAGAGCCAGAGCCAACAUUUGAAAUUUUGAAUAAUCCAGCCAGGGUGAUGAGGCAGCAACUGAAAGGUCUCACUGUUGUGGAAGGGUCAGGUUUUACACCUCUGAAGGAUAUUACCAUUGGUGGUAUUGUAAUGUUGAACCAUUCUGGAGACAUUGAGCAAGUUCUAGUGGAGCCUGUGGCAGCCUUUGGACCCAAGACGGAAGAGGAAAAGGAACCCGAGCCACCGGAACCCUUCGAAUAUUUGGAUGAUUGAUAUAGUCUCUUUGGCUAAUCUUAUUCAUGUAUUAAUAGACCUAUGAUGUCAAAUGUAUUGAACAAGUUAUGGUAACUAGAGAGUAAAGUGUUGAAGUACAUUGAAUAUUUACUAACAGAAAUUAAAUUAAUGUUUUUCUUUAUCGAAUUAAAUGUCACAUCUUCUUCAA